AUGAAUACAGCACCGUUAAUUCCACCACGUGUACAAUCACCGUCAUUUAUUCGUAAAAGAAAUUUACCAACUCCGCCUCCUUCUUUUGCUGAUGUCAACGAUUCAUCAUCAUGUUCUUCUUCUUCUUCUGUUUCUUCUGCUUAUUCGACAACUACAACUACUAGCAGCACAACUCUUAGUGACAAUAAUAAUACAGUAGCAUCGUGUGAUUUAUUAAAUAUAAUAACUGAUGCUCGUUUUCGUCCCGUAUUUCAAGCUAUUGACGAAAUAAAACGACGUAAAUGUCGACCAGAUCUCGAACGUAUACUUAAAUAUGUUGGAAAACGAUAUGCUGGUAGUAAUAUUUCAUAUCAACGUGAUGAAAUACUUGUGAUACUUGAAGAUUUACUUAAAUUAGGUCUUAUAACAAAAGUAUUUCAUAAAGGUGGUUUUACUAUAAGAAUUAAAAAUGAAAAAUAUGCUAAACUUAUCGAAAAAAUGAAUGUAUGUUAUAGUCAAAAAACACCAACAGCAACGCCAAUGAGUCCUCAUGAAGCAAUGGCGGCUGCUGCAGCUGCUGGUACUAUUAGUUUCAAUGAUCAAAAAUGGCCAACAACAAAACAAUAUUUAUUAAAUUCAAAUGAAAUAAAUAAUAAUGGCCAUCAUCGUAUACGUGAAACACCCUCACCAGAAUUUGCUGUAUUUAAAAUGGAAUCACCAUCAUCAUCAUCGUCAUCACCUGUAUAUUCGUCUAAUGAUCAAAAUAAUAAUUCUGAAAAAUUACCGAUGAUAAAAGAAAAUACUCUUAAAAAUGGAUCAAUUAUUAAUCCAUCAACAUCAACAACAAGAUCAAAUAAUAAACGAAGUCGAAGUCAAGUAAUAUCAUCAUCAAAUGAAAGUAAAAAACAAUGUUUAAUCAAAACAUCGGAUUCAAUUCUCUCUUCAACUCCUCCUCCUACUCUUCCCAUUGUUAAUAAUCCUGAUGAACAUUUAUUUCGUAAACCGUUAGUAACAUACAAUAAUUUACCACCUAUAACAAUUGAACAGCUACUUGGAUUACGCGGUGAUAUACCUGAUGUUCAUAGUUGGUCAACAAAUCAAUUAAAUGAAUUUUUUUAUCAACAAGGAUAUGAAUAUGCAUCGAUUGUAUUAAAUAAACUUCGCAUCGAUGGAAAUAAAUUGUAUGAAAUUAAACGAGAACAAGUAUUUCACAUGUCAACACUUAAAAUUGGUAGAGCACUUAAACUAUGGAAUGUUAUUGAACAGAUACAACAGAAAUCAUUAUUAUCUUAA